AUGGCAUAUGGGGAAAAGAAAAGGAAAGGCUUGGCUUCUUUUAGUUUGGAUUUUACGGAUGCCGGAAGUUAUGUGGACACUUCGGAUUGCAUAUACUCGCAGCCCAUAUCUGGGAGUUUGACCAUGAGGGAAAAAGAAGAAGUUUUUAAAUUUACACAUUUCUGCGAUAUAAUUAACACUUCCUACUAUUAUACGGACAAUCUGUCAUCACAAAUUUCGAAUAAAAACUCUAUCACAAAAUAUAAGAACCGGAGUACAUCUGACGAAGGAAUUACACGCUACUCGGACAGGUACAGAAAAACGAUACAGAAGCAAGAUAAAAGUCUAAAUUAUUAUUCUUCGAUUUUUUUCCCUAAAGAAUUGAAAAUUUCUGGUUUUGGACGAAAAUCAGGUAAAGGAGGUGCAUCCAAGUUUGCCUUUACAACAUUCUCCAAACCCCUUGUGACAGAAUUGCCCUCGUCGAUGAAUUUGAAGGAAAAGCAGAAGCAUAUUAUUGAGAAAUUUGAUAGCGUUGAAGAUUUUGACGAAGAUGCAGUCGAGGUGGAGGAGGAGGAAGACGAGGAAGACGAUGAGUUUGAAGAGGAAGACGACGAUGAUUACAAUGCCGAAAAAUAUUUUGAUGAUGGCGAAUUUGAUGAUGCCGAUGAGGACGGUGACGAUGAGGUCGCAUUUUAACGAUUCAUUGAAGUAAGGACUCAUUAUUAUCGCUUCCUUUGAAGCUUUCUGAUUUGUGAGUACGAAAGGUUCAUUUUGCACUGAUCAUUCUCUUGUUUGGGACUGCGAGAACAAUUGGAGCCCAGAAAUUCGUUACUCUUUCUAGGAUAGGCUCUUUUAGAGUCAGUGGGGUAAAUUGGACGAUUCAUUUGUGUCAAAGGGACUCUAUGAGAUGGUGGCACAGGUGCCAUACCUUCUUGGUCUACGUCAGAUGUCACUAUGCGAACUGCAACUUCCUUGUCUUCUGACGAAGGAAAAGUGUGUUCUGAACUACCUUGCGCUCCACUGUAAUCUUUACUAGAAUUCUCUCGUUUGUCCAAGUCGAAAACCAGAUUUGAUAAAAACAUCUUUCCCAUUCGUAAUGCCCCAAUAUUGCUAGAAUUAGUAUGUGUCUCAGCUUGAUUUUCCUUCGUGCUCUCACAGUAAUUUGUUGAUUCGAGCUCAUCUUCAUCACUUGAGUCUUCAAAUAGUUUAUGCGUUAGCAAGUGUGUUUGCGGCUGGCGCACAGAACCUUCAAAGUCCGUUACAUUGGUCUGUGUGACGGGCCUAGUGAAAGUAGAUGAAAACUUCCAGGCAUUUUUGACAAGCCUUUGUAGAACACUCUGCUCCGUCUCGAACGGCUGACUCAUCGGCAAAAAUUGGCCUGCUUGUUUUACUUUUUUGUCUUCAUCAUUAUUAUUCAACUCCUUGAAAUUCUCGCCAUCACAGUUAGAUGGUUGCGUUGCUUUUGUUGGUAGAAUAGAAGGAACAGGGUGCGAUAGAGCAGAUGAAACCAUGCGCAAUUUGGUUAAAGGUUCAACAUGAGCGGGCACGUCUUUAGACGAGGAGUAAUAAGUCAUUUCUAGAUAUAUUUUCCCUGCUGGCCUUCCGUUAUAGCUCAGUGUAAACCAGUUAUCAUAGCCCUCCUUGGAUGAUCUGCGAAGAGCGGGUGUAAAAUCUAUGUCUGCUUUGCAAACAAGUUCAGAAUCUUUUUUCAUCUGGUGGUAAACAAUGAAAUUCACGGUUGUUUCUUCAACGUUGUCGAGGGAAAACCAUAAUUCAUCGUCGAAAUGUGGAUUCUGUCCGCCUCGGGGUACAAUCUUUGUUUUCUGAACUUGAUCCUGUAUUCGCGCAACGCAGUAUGGAGACUGCUUGUCAAGUUUUUUCCUGUUGGGUAAAUCUUGCGCUUUGGAAACUAUGAUUACUAGUUGAUUGCUUGGUUGAUAU